GGCGUUUCUGUAUCUGACUGGCAAACAUGCCAUCUGAAUACCCGAUCCUUGAUAAUAGACCUAUAGAUCAGUGGAAGGUCGUGGAGCUGAAGGAGGAGCUCAAGAAGCGGAAGUUGGCAAUCCGGGGUUUGAAGGACGAUUUGAUUAAGCGUUUGGCAGAAGCAAUUCGUAGCGAGAGUGCAAAUGCAGAGGUUGAGGUGGAUGUCCAUUCGAGUCAUCCAGCUGGUGAUAAGAAAGAUGUAGAAGACGUAGGGGUUUCAGAGACAGAGAAGCAUGACCCAUUGGUUGAUGGUUCCAACAUUAAGAGUUCUGAUGCUGCCAAAGUUGGUACAAAUGGUAGCCCGGAGGCCAUGGGCGAAGAGAAAACCAAAGAUGAUGAAGUGACAGGAAAUGCCGAUCUUCCAAAGGGAGGGCAACCUCUUGAUGGUCAUAUAGAGCCUCUUGAGGCUGAAAGGGAAGUCAUUGAAACCGUUGCUGUUACUGAGAAUGUGGCUCAUGAUUUGGCUGACAGUGGAAAAGAUGAGGGCAAUUCUGGUACAAAGGAGAUUGAGGAUAAUGGAAAUGAUCAGCUGGAUAAUGGGGAUCCAAAACCACUGCAUGAACAUGAUACUCCAGUACUUCAGUUGGAUAAUGAGGAUCCAAAGCCCCAGCUGGAGCAGGAGGAUAAGAAAACACAGCUGCAGAAUGAGGAUUCAAAGCCUCAGCUGGAGAGUGAGAAUCCAAAUUCUGAGCUGGAAAGUGAGGAUUCAAAGCCUCGGCUGGAGACUGAGAAUCCAAAGUCCGAGCUGGACAAUGAGGAUUUGAAGCCUCCACACGAGGUUGUCAAGCAUGACCCAUCUGCACCAAUUAACCAGGUAUCUGAGGUUAGCCCUAGUUUAGGGUUUCAAACAAAAUCUGAUUCACUUUCUACUGAUUCUGUGUCAAUUAAUGAAAAGAAUGAACUAAAGGAUAAUAUAAUUGCUGAUAAUGUCAAAUUAGAACUAGAUGAUGUUAAACCAGAGAUGGUGGAACUAUCAUCAUCAAGUAAUGUUGUCCCGGUUGGUGGUGAAUCACAUCCUAUGGAUGUUGAAGAGCCACAAGAGAAGGCAUUGGUUAAGGAGAAAGAUGGAGGCGAUGCGUACAUCGGAGAUGUGGAGAAGAAAAUUUAUAACGUAGAUGUGGGUGAUUCUGAGAAGUUAAGUCUGGAUAGAAGUUCUGGUGAUGAUUCUAUGGAUGAAGAUACUUUGGAGAGUAAGCAGAUUGAUUCGAAGUAUAAUCCUGAUGAAGUUGGAAAUAAAAAUGAGACAGAUGAAGUACCUGUGAAUAUGGAUCUCAAUACGGUGAAGCUUGAUGGAAAUAAGCCAUCUGUGGGCCGAACAGAAGCUCUUGUUGAGAAUAAGAGCAGUCAAGAUAUAGGUGUUGAGAAGAGAAAGCUUAAUGACCUGGAACCUGUGAGCACUGAACCGUUGAAGAGGCAGCGAAAGUGGAAUUCUGAUAGCAGCAAGUCCCCUGACAUACAAAAUUCUAGUCAGACUUCUACUCUUACUCAUGUAUCCACACCUAAGGAUACUUCUUUUCAGCCUUCCAAGCAAAACUUCUCUCGAUCAGACUCAAUGGUCAGUGAGGAAGCACCAAAGGAGCGUGUUGUUCUGCCAUCGCAAAAAACUCCAACCACUUCUUUGAAAAUCGAUCGGUUUUUACGUCCUUUCACUCUGAAAGCAGUCCAAGAACUUCUGGGAAAGACUGGGACUGUGAAAAGUUUCUGGAUGGACAACAUCAAAACCCAUUGUUUUGUCACGUACUCUUCAGUGGAAGAAGCCACGGAAACUCGAAAUGCUGUGUAUAAUCUCCAAUGGCCUCCAAAUGGCGGGCGCCUCCUGGUUGCAGAAUUUGUUGAUCCUCAGGAAGUGAAGUCAAAAGUCGAUGCACCUCCGCCAUCUCCUGCAUCUGCUAAGCCUGCUUCCACUCCUGUUCCUGCACCAUCUAGCCAGCCACAGCCUUCACCCCGCCAGCAGGCUACUAGACAGCAACUGCCACCACCUCCUCCCCUUCCACCACCGCCGCCACUGUCGAACCCUCCACUGGUUAAGGAACGGCUCGUGCCGCCACCACCUCCACCACUACCUGAGAAACCCGAGGCCCCGAUUGUGACUCUAGACGACCUGUUCAGGAAAACCAAAGCAGUCCCUCGAAUUUACUACCUCCCGCUGUCUGACGAACAAGUGGCGGAGAAGAAGAGACGUGGGCAACAGGGUAGAAAUGGCAGGCCCUAGGGAAGUUUGGACUAUCAUAAAGUUUCAGUCUUUGCAGGUUCUGCAGGUUUGGGUUGUAGCAGAGACGGAGAUAUGGAUUUGGGUACUCUGAAGAUUUGCAUUUUCAUCAUUUUUUUCCCUUCUCUUUUUUUUUUUUUUUUUUUUUUUUGUAGCACUAGAGAGUAGAGACAAUGGAAUUAGAAUUAGGGGCACUCUGUUUUAUGAGU